AUGGAUAUUCAAAACUCCAUAGAAGUUUUUAGUAAGACGUCACAUGAAAAACAUCACCUAAAAUUAAUUCGUCGAAUUGAAUAUUGUCAAGCAAUAUGCUUACUACUGACUUUACUUGCAUUUGCAAACGUUUAUUCACGUAUUGGUUUGUUGGAGAUGCAAUUCAAAGAAGAAGCGUUUCAGAAGCGUUUUCGACGCUCCUUUUCUUCAACGUUAUCCAAAUCUUUAUUAAACUCGACAAACGAUGAUCUUCUGAUGCACUUAUUUUCGAAAAUUGAGGACAGUGAAUUGCUUACUAAAUGUUUGGAAAUACAUGAGUACUGCAGUGAAGAAUUAGAUGCCGAACGAGGACCACCAGGACCAGUGGGACCACCGGGACCACCAGGGAAUGCUGGUAAGCCUGGACCACCAGGACGAGAGGGUUUAAUGGGAUUGCCUGGCCCACCAGGUCCUCAAGGACCUACGGGAAUGCCAGGAAAACCUGGAAUUUGUCCCCGAUGUCCGGUAGCUGAAAACUUUGAAAUGCUGCAAAAAACCGAAUGUCCGAAAGUGGAACCAAGAGUCUGCCCAACAUCAGUCACACUCGAUGGUGAAACUGGGUCAAGACAUCUUGAGCGUCAACUUCCUCACUUUGUUCAGCUAAUGCCUCUAAAUGAUACCGAUUUCAUGGCAGAACUUGAUAAAUGUGUUCGGACAUGUCUGCCAAAUAUAACAAAAGCUUCUGAAGCCGUUACUCCACCAGUUAGUACGGAAAUUCCUUACAUUGAAGGUGCAACAGCACACUGCUAUUUGAAUGACAUUGGCAAGCCGAUAUUUCACGCACAUUCAAAUACUUAUUUCGGGGCAUGGAUGCGUGACGCGUAUCCUCGAAGUGGAUCAGACAUGAUGAAACGUUGGAUGACGAAGCACUUUCAAGGUAACUCAGUUGAAGAAUACUUGGAUGAAGGAGACAUGCGAAGACAGCGUAUUUUCGUCACACAUCAUUUACCCUAUCUAUACGAUGGUACGAAUUUGGUAUUCUUCAAUGGUUCGCUUUACUUCCAUCGAGCAGGAACACCAAAAAUAGGCAAAUAUGAGUUGUUUUCGAAACGAUACAAUGAAGUACUGAUUGAUCAGCGUGCUGCAUUUCGAGGCAGCGACUACUUAUUCAACUUGUCAAUGAAUUAUUUUGAUUUGGCUGUGGAUGAGAAUGCGUUAUGGGUUUUGUUUCAUUAUUCAAAUGAAGAAUUUUUGUCAGUAGCCAAGAUUGACAUUAACAACUUAACUAUCUAUGAAACUUGGAAUUUGACUCUCAUCAAUCACACUCAAGUCGCUAACGGUUUUGUCGUCUGUGGUGUACUGUACUUGGUGGGAAGCUCGUAUGAUUUAAAAAGUGAAAUAGCAAUAGCAUAUGAUCUGUACCGAAACAAGUAUCGUAAACCAAAUAUUCCCUGGAUUAAUUUAUACCGAAAUGCGAAUAUGAUUUCAUAUAAUCCCUACGAUAAACGCAUCUAUGUUUAUGAUCAUGGAUAUCUCUUAACAUUGCCAGCAAGAAUAACGUGGAGAGCUAAAUAA